AUGGCUGCGCCCUACAACCGGCCGCUCAGUUUCUCUGAGCGAAGGGGGGCCAUGUUCAACGAGGAGCUAUCAUUGAACACACACAAUGUGAAGUUGUCACAACAGCGCCCUCGGGGCCCACCGACGCCGAGCAUGAGCACACCUGCGGCCGACUUUGAGCAAGUCACCGGCUCCCCUCCUCCUCCGCCGACACCUGCUGCAUCUCCCGGGCCGUCACACUCGAGAUUGAACUGGAGUAACGCCGGGGUGGACGAAGAGAGCUAUCUGGCGGGGUUGCGGCAAUACUUCGUGCAGUGUAAUGGCGGUCAGAGGACUCGACUGCUUGCCGACCUUUUAAACUUGUGCACCAGCCAACAACUGAGCUUUGUGCACCAGUUUGUCAGUCCGUUGCUCAAAAAGGAUCCCUUCACGACCCUCCCAGACGAAUUGUGCCUUAGGAUCCUCUCUUUCAUCGACGACCCCAAGGUUCUAGCACGCGCGUCGCAAGUGUCACGCAGGUGGCGGGACCUACUCAGUGAUGAUAUGACGUGGAAGAAUUUGUGCCUGAAACACGACUAUCAGCAUAGGAUGUCUGAGAUCGGGCCGCAAAUCUACCCGCCUAUUACGUCCGGCGCGGAGGCCUACUCCUUCAGUCAGCAAGAUGAGGAUCCCGGGAGCCAUGAGUUUUCCGGCGCGUUAACUUCCACUUCGCUGCCGGCUACGUUCGAGGGAAGGGCUAACGCACGACCCAUGCUCCGGUCGUACAAGUCGCAUUUCAAGCAGAGGUAUCUGGUUGAUACUGCCUGGCGUUCCGGCGGUCGCAACGUGACGCGGAAUAUCACACAGGAUGGUGGCGUGGUCACGAGUCUGCACCUAACGUCCAAGUACAUCAUCGUCGCUCUUGACAAUGCCAAGAUCCAUGUCUUUGAUACGGAAGGAAAUGCGCUGCGCACACUGCAGGGCCACGUCAUGGGUGUCUGGGCUAUGGUGCCUUGGGACGAUAUUCUGGUGAGCGGCGGGUGCGACCGUGAUGUCCGGGUCUGGGAUCUUUCGACUGGCAACUGCCAGCAUGUACUGCGAGGCCACACUUCCACUGUCCGCUGCCUUAAAAUGUCGGACGCCAACACCGCGAUAUCUGGGUCUCGGGACACGACUCUCAGGAUAUGGGAUAUCAGGACCGGACUUUGCAGGAAUGUGCUUGUCGGCCACCAAGCGAGCGUCCGGUGCCUAGAGAUCAAGGGUGACAUCGUGGUUUCCGGCAGUUACGAUGCUACGGCAAAGGUGUGGAGUAUUUCGGAGGGCAGGUGUCUGCACACCCUCCAGGGGCACUACAGCCACAUCUAUGCCAUCGCGUUUGACGGGCAGAGAGUGGCGACAGGCAGCCUUGACACGAGCGUGAGGAUAUGGAACGCUCGGACUGGUGAGUGUCAGGCCAUCCUCCAGGGCCACACCUCCCUUGUAGGGCAACUACAGAUGCGUGGUAACACGCUCGUCACGGGCGGAAGUGAUGGUUCCGUGAGAGUGUGGUCUCUGGAGAGAAACUGCGCUAUCCACCGCCUUGCCGCUCAUGAUAACAGCGUGACAAGCCUGCAAUUUGACGACACACGCGUGGUCAGCGGCGGCAGUGAUGGGCGGGUCAAGGUCUGGGACCUGAAGACUGGCAAUCUUGUCCGUGAGCUCGUCACUCAGGGAGAGGCUGUCUGGCGAGUCGCCUUCGAGGAGGAGAAGUGCGUCGCGAUGGCACUGAAGAACGGUAGGACUGUUAUGGAGGUGUGGUCUUUCUCUCCUCCAGAAGAUAUGUUCGAUGAGCGAACGAUGCCUCCUCCAAAGCGGAGACACGACGGCCCAGUCCCAGACCGUCCCCUGAGCGCAUUGUCGCUGGAUUACCGAGCGUCAAUCUCGGCAAGUGGCAUACAAGACUUGGACAUGCCUGAUGCCGGCCCUUCGACGGCACCCCUUCAACAACAGAGUGGCCCGACGUUUUUCCAGGAUGAAUAA